AUGCUCCCCCGCGUGCUAUUGUGUGGUGAGAUUGAGUGUGUCCAGGAUGAGUUGAAGGAGAUGUUUCAUGGGAUCGCCGAAGUCAUACAUCUGGUUUCAGAAUCUCGUUCUCAUUCCUCUCCUCAUUCGGGCCCGGUGGGCCAUAUGAAGGGACUGUCACCUUCCGAUCUAAGCAAGGUCCGCUGGAUCGCUCAGAGUAGCAGUGGUUACGAUGCAAUCGACGUGCAAGCCUGCAAAGACCGAGGAAUAAUGGUGUCGAAUACUCCAGGAGCGAAUGAGGAUGCCACUGCCACUGCCACUUUAUACCUUAUGCUAUUGUGCCUACGACAUUUCUCGAUGGCCGAACGCUCCCUUCGCUCUGGUAUAUGGAGGACACUCUUUAAUCCAGCACAAACUCAUGACGUUACCGGGCGCACGCUUGGUAUCUUUGGCUUAGGUCGCAUUGGUCUGAGAUUCGCUCACCCAAGCGGAGGCCCCCAGCUUCAUGCUCGGGAGUCUUAG